ACUCAUCGGAGAUGGCUUGGGGUUUUCUCACUUAUGAUGGGACUUACCCGCCCUCCGCGACUGUGUCUGGGUUUUUCUUUCGUGUUGUUUGUCAGGGUGACUAUACAGACUCAUAGUUUUUAGUCCGCAAUUUUGCGUCAUAUCAUUUUGCGCUGGAGAGAUAUUUAACGAUUUCGUCCGUCUCACCUCAUCAGAGACAAAUCAGCAUUGAAGACACCUGGCGACUUAUACGAACCAGGCAGCAUUAUUCGAAAAGGUGCAAUUGGAAGGCUAGCGGUUGAACAAAAGCUCAGAAUACCUAACAUCUUACAUCACUCAAAACAACACAGAGACAAAAAAGUGAGCGAAAGAGCGAAGAGAAAAUGCCACUCUUCCGCUCCUCAUCCGGCCUAGACGCCAUCCUCAACCGCCCAGAAGACGACGGAAUAGCAACGCAUCUCCUCUCCAGCCCCCUCUCGACAGUAGCGAGGUACCUCUACGACUUUUUCCCCGUUUCGCAUCCCGUGGCGUACCCACACGGCAGCGGCAGCGGCAGCGGCAGCGGCAGCGGCAACGACAAGAACCACGACGCCGUGACCGUGGUCUGCGUCUCGGACACGCACAACACCAAACCGCGCCUGCCGCCGGGGGACAUCCUCGUGCACGCGGGCGACCUCACGGCCUCGGGCACGAGGAGGGAGCUGCGGGCGGCGCUGGGGUGGAUUCGGGCGCAGCCUCACCGGUUCAAGGUCGUUGUCGCGGGGAAUCACGAUUUGUGUUUGGAUAAGGGGUAUGGCAAGGGGAUCAAGCUUGGUGGGCAGUCACAGGACGACGAGGGGAGCUCGAUAUCACGCAGAGAUGAUGAAGACGACGAUGACGAAGAAGACGACGACGGAUCACCUCUGGACUGGGGCGACAUCAUCUACCUGAACCGCACAGCAACGACCCUCACGAUACCCCCGCGCCGUCCCAAAGACGGGGAGAGGACGUACGCUGACCGCGAGAUUCGCGUGUACGGGAGCCCGUAUACGCCGCGGCACGGCAACUGGGCCUUUCAGUACCCGCGCUCCGGCGGCGCUGGCCCCUAUUGCUCUUCCUUGCGCAAGACAGAUAUCGACAACGACACCUCAGGCGACCCCUGGCGCGGCACGAUCCCGCCCGGGACGGACAUCCUCGUCACCCACGCGCCGCCAAAGGGCCACAUGGACGACCCGCGCGGCCACUGGGGGUGCGAGAUGCUCCUGGCCGAAGUCUGGCGGGCGCGGCCGCGUCUGCACGUCUUUGGGCACGUGCACUGCGGUCGCGGGCGGGAGGCGGUCGCGUUUGACGGGUUGCAGGCUGCGUAUGAGGAGGUUGUCUUGUUGGAGGCUGAGGCUUUUGCCGUGGUCGCUGGCGGUGGUGGUGGUCGUCGUCGUCGUGUAGGUAAUGUGGUGAAGGCUUGGGUCAAGGCCUUGGUUGCUCUGGGCUGGUGUUUCUUGGUCUGGGGAUGGGUGCUGUGGUGGCAAGGGGGGCGGAGGGGUACGGGGAGGACUGUGUUUGUGAAUGCUGCUUCUGUUGGGGGUGUUCGGGAUUGUCUGGUGCGGGAGGCUGUUGUCGUGAGGAUAUAGAAGUUGGGUGUAAGUGUGUGUGAAAAGUCGGAAUAAGCUUUGUUUUCUUCCUCGAAAACGGGCGAAGGCGGGAAGUUAUUUUACUACCUUAGUUUAGAGUUAACGUUGUCUAACACGCGACGAGGCUUAUCUUCUAGUAGUCUUGUCGCAUAUAGUCUGCAGCUGUAACGACGAUCAUGCAAACAAUUGCAUGUUCAAAAUGUGCAAAAUGGCAUGGCAUCGGGGCCAAGACUGGCAUGUUGUAAAACAUUGAGGCUUGGCCUUAUAGAGUGGAGCCAUCACAGCAACAGUACCAUCCAAAGUCCCCUUGAUCAUCAAGUGACGAACUCAAAUGCUCCUUAUAUAAUAUAAACCCAAAAAGAAUACUAAUAUCACUAUCGUGAGAUUGGG